AUGUCUGAUUCGGAUCGCCAUGUCAACAAUCUCAAGAGAGAUGUCUCUACGGAUGUGAAGAGCUCUUCGGAGGAAAAGAGUGGUGGUGGAGAAGAGACGAAGAGGAUCACUAUGAAACAUGUUUGGAGUGACGAGGAUGAGAUUGCGCUUUUACAAGGGCUUAUGGAUUACGAAACGGUGAAUAAAGAAGUUUAUUUCGCUGACCCUGAUGCGCUUCUUCAUAUGGUGAAGAGAACUCUUAGCUUUGAUGUGACCAAGUGUGAAUUCUUUGGAAAGCUUCUGAAAUUAAGACGCACAUAUCAUCCUAAGGGACGGAGGAUGGUAACAGAGGAACCGACUUUUGCCGGACCUCAUGAUCGCAAGUGUUAUGAUAUGGCCAACACUCUUUGGGGACCUAAGCGAUUGCAUAACGAACUAGACAUUGCUCAUUUUGCACGAAGACGACGACAAGAGAUCCAAGAGAGCCAAGAGAGCCGUGGCAUGUUUUAA